CUCUCUAAGACUGUCUCCAGCAUAAACUGAGAGCUGUUUAAUUGCCUCUCAGCAGAAAUGGAUGGGAAAUGCCUGAGGCUCCUAGUUCCUCAUAUCUUGUUUCCCUGGGGACAGGUACCCUCCCCAGUUGCCAAGCAAAACCUUUGCUCCAUAUCCAAGGUGAGACAGUCUCUAGAGCAUGUGGGGUAAAUGCCCAAGCCACUGAGCAAAGAUUCAGGGGCUUGGGUUACUUCUAUAACCACCCCUUGGGGCAAAACAGCGCCUUCCUACAGGAAGAAGCUUUCGGCUCAGCACAUGUGUGCUACCUGCCUUCUGCCUCUGUGGCUAUGAAUGCACCAUUUGCCCAGCAUCACCUGGGCCCACCAGGUCCUGUAUCCUUGCAUGAAACCUAAGUGAGGGGCUGCCAAGGGGAGAGAGCAGUGAAUGGCUGAGGGACUGGGACAGCUUGUCUGUACCUGACUCUUCCCCACCCAGCUUGAGUGAGGGUGAUGGAGCCAUCAGGGGAGGAAACAGUACCAGUGGGAACGCCAGUUCUGUGGGCCCCUCCCUGCCUCACCUCUGAUUGUAUCUGCCUUUCCUCCUCCCACCAAAACCUGGGCUUCUCAGGGAAGCAGAGCCAGCUUUAAGAAGGGUGGGGAUGGAGGGAGGGUAGGCUCAAGGGUGUGUCCUGGAAUGUACUUGAGAUGGGCACGGGGGACCCACCUGUUCUGGAAAGGGAUUGAAGACCUUUCCUUGGGUCCCAGACUCCUUCCCAGACAGGAAGAUGCAAGACUCCCAGACCUGCAAGUCUCAACCUGUGUGACUUAGAGAUAGCAUCAGCUGGUGCUGGAGGAAUGCAGCCUGGAUGGGCUUCUGUGGGGGCAGGCUGAGGAGGAGGGGUGGGUAGUGGUCUAGGUCCCUCAGAGCAGGAAAAAACACAUGUUCCCCCACCCAGGCUGCAGGGAGUAGAAUUUGUGGUUAAGUUCGGAAAGCUAUCUUUUCCUUCCCCCAUCUUGAUGCUAAGGCAGAGUCUGUUGCAAUAACUCCACUUCCUCUUUCUGCCCUGUUGAGCUGGACCUGGAUAUAUUUUAUAGUUAUUGUAGACUUUCUCUCUGUCCCUACCGUACUAUGAUCUCCUUGAGGACAAGAGGAAAGUGUCUUACUCCCCUUUGUCUCCUCCAUAUGUACACACAAGUGCGUGCUUUGCACGUGACUGUGCUCAGUAGAUGUCUGGAGCAGAGAUGGGCUGGCUCACACCUGGCUUUUCAAGAGCUACCCAUUUUUUGGGAAGUCUGUUAGACUAGAGUCUAGAGUCUAGUUAAUGAUUUGUUGUUUUGCAUGACAGUAAUUAUUUACUGAUGGAAGCAUGAGGGAGCCCCACAUCCCUAGUGAUAAGGAAAUAGGGGUGUAGAGGAGACAGACUAAUGAGGUUCCUUUAGCUUCGUUCCUGCUGAGCUUCUUUCAAAGGGGCUUUUGGCGGAUAGACUGGGGAGGGGUCUUUUCUGUCAGACUCACAGAGUGUUAAGAGCUGGAACACAUUGUAGAGGUUGUCCAUCCGGCCUUAAAUAUAUUUUUAUUGAGCAUGUACUAUAUGCCAUGCAUUAGUAGGUGCUGGUGAAAUGUUUUUGCCCAAGAGGAAAAUCUACUUAAAGGAAGGGUGUGUAGCAUGUGAAUGGCAAAGUUGAGGCUAAACCUUGUCUCUUGCUGUCUGCCCAGUGCCCCUUCUAUGACAUAGACUGCCUGUGUCCCCUGGGCCCUCAUCUACCUGCUUUUCCCCCUGUAGCCCUGCUGCCUCACCCCAAGCCCUGUCCCUCGAGAAGGGCAAGAAUGUGGGAGCGUUUAGCCUUGGUCAUCUGGUCUCCUUUUGGGUAUCUGCCCAAAUGGCUGGACACAUGAUUAUUUGAUUUGGAAGUCUUAAGUGAUCCUGAGAAACAGAAACGUCCCGAGGAACCAGGAGCUAAUGGACAAGAAGGCAGGAGGACUGGGGCAUGAGGAUAGUACUGGGUUCCGAGGCCUGGACGAUGACCUCUUGCUGGAGCUUCAGUCCCUGCUCAGGGAGGGGAGGGGACCGUUCCAAGGUCCUAAAAGAGGCUGAUGAUGAUGAAGAAAGGCGGUGAUAGAGAAGGAUGAGUUAUCCAACAGAGUUCUUCGGGAAAGAGAUAACUGGGAGACCAGAGUUGUGAACUGAACGCUUUGGUGGAGGAAGGAAAGAGAAGCAGAGCCAACUGAGUGUGUAUGUUUGAGGAAGGAGUUAGUACUUACCAAACAAAGUCAUUAAAGACGGUGAAAUAUCCCAGUGAAUGAGUUUUCCUAGUUCUUCCCGUCCCUCAAAACCCCCACCCCACCUCCCUAACCUCCAUCCCCCAUCAAGGAGCGCUAGGUCCUUGUCUCUCUCAUGAAAUCCUGUUCAUGGCAGUAGCAAGGCUGGAAGUCGCCACGGUGCUCCUGUCAGUGCCCCCCGAAAACUGUAUCUUUAAAGAAUUCCGUGAAAGGCUACGCCCUUUUUUCCUAGUAACCCAAACUGCGUGCGUUUCCAAGUAAGUUCUUUUUGUUGUCUAGCCUGUUUCUCGUCUCUUGAAAUUUAAACUCUUUCUGAGCUCUGAAGAUAAAGGGGAGGAGGCAAGGGGCUGGCCUUCCCGAUAGCGACUAAGCAACAGAUAGGCGAGGAACUCGGCCUCGACUGGAAAAAGCGGGGAAACCCGCGCCCCCAAGAGGCUUUAACGCGGGGAGCAGUAGGAGGCGUCCCGUGAUGAUGCAGCGCGUCUGGUAAACUACAAGUCCCAUCGCACCGCGCGGCCCGCCGGCGUUACGCAGCUCUCAGCUGAUUGGUCGCUGGGGAUAUUUGAAAGGAGGGGCUGGCGCGGAAAACGAAGGUUACCUUUCGGAUCUUUGAGAAGUGCUUAACCCGGCGGGUAAGUCCUGGACCUGGGGAGGAGGGCGACCUCUAGGGCGGCAAGGCCCGGAGGGACUCGAGAGCGUAUGUACGCACCGAGCCCUCCGGCGCCAUGAGGAGCUUCAAAGGAGUCAACUUUGGAGCUCUGCUAAGCAGCCAGAAGGAGGCCGAAGAUCUGCUACCUGACCUGAAGGAGUUCUUGUCCAAGCUUCCAGCUGGUUCUCCCAGCUGCCCAUCUGAUGCCGAGAGGAGACAAGCUUGUGAUGCCAUCCUCAGGGCUUGCAACCAGCAGCUGACUGCCAAGCUAGUUUGCCGUGAGCACCUAGGGAGCCUGCUGGAGCUGGCAGAGCUGGCUUGCAAUGGCUACUUGGAGUCCACCCCCCAGCGCCCACCCCUCUACCUGGAGCGAAUUCUCUUCAUCUUUCUGCGGAACGUUGCCGCACAGGGAAUCCCAGAGGCCACGCUGCGUCUCGCUCAGCCCCUCCAUGCCUGCUUGAUGCGGUGCUCUCGCCAAGCUGCUCCCCAGGACUACGAAGCUGUGGCCCGGGGCAGUUUUUCUCUGCUUUGGAAGGGGGCAGAAGUCCUGGUGGAGCGGCGAGCUGCGUUCUCAGCCCGGCUGAAGGCCUUGAGCUUUCUAGUACUCUUGGAGGAUGAAAGUACCCCUUGUGAAGUUCCCCACUUUGCUUCUCCAACAGCCUGUCGAGUGGUGGCUGCCCAUCAGCUAUUUGAUGCCAGUGGGCAUGGUCUGAAUGAAGCAGAUGCUGACUUCCUAGAUGACAUGCUCUCCAGGCAUGUGAUCAGCGCCUUGGUGGGUGAGGGAGGGGGUUCUCCUGGUGCUCUUUCUCCCCAGAGGGCCCUCUGUCUCUUGGAGCUCACCCUGGAACACUGCCGUCGCCUCUGCUGGAGCCGCCACCACGUCAAGGCGACCAGGGCAAUGAAGAAGGCCCAUGACUACCUAAGGAUCACCAAUCUGGCCCCUAGCCUCCAGCUGUGCCAGCUGGGAGUUGAGCUGCUGCAGAUCAGAGAAGGAGGACCCCAGGCAGUGGCCAAGCUUCUGAUCAAGGCAUCAGCUGUCCUGAACAGCUGUAUGGAGGCACCAUCACCCCCGCUGCGGGCAUUGUGUGACAGCUGCCAGUUCUUCCUCUCAGGCCUGGAGCGAGGCAUCAAGAGACACUAUGGACUUGAUGCUGUUCUGGGCCUCUUUGCUUUUCUUGACGGGUACCGCUCCCUCAUCCGGCAGCUGCAGGAUGGUGUCUGUGGGGACCCCUCCAAGCAGCAGCAGGCUUUGAUUCAGAUGCACUUUCAGGGACUUCACCUCUACUCUGUGGUGGUUUAUGACUUUGCCCAAGGCUGUCAGGUAGCUGAUUUGGCUGACCUGGCCCAGCUAGUGGAAAGUUGCAAAUCUACCGUUGUCUGGCUGCUGGAGGCGUUACAGGGCCUGUCAGGCCGAGAGCUAACGGACUACCUAGGGAUGACUGCCUCUUACACCAGUAACUUGGCCUACAGCUUCUACAAUCACAAGCUCUAUGCUGAGGCCUGUGCCAUCUCCGAGCCCUUCUGCCAGCACCUGGGCUUGGCAAAGCCGGGCACCUAUCCUGAGGUGCCUCCUGAGAAGUUGCACAGGUGCUUCCGGCUGCAUGUAGAGAGUCUGAAGAAACUGGGUAAACAGGCCCAGGGCUGCAAGAUGGUGACUUUGUGGCUGGCAGCCCUGCAGCUCUGUGGCCCCAAACACAUGGCUGAGCCAGUCACCUUCUGGGUGCGGGUCAAGAUGGAUGCAGCCAGAGCUGGAGACAAGGAGCUACAGCUGCGGACUCUGCGAGACAGCCUGAGCGGCUGGGACCCGGAGACCCUGGCCCUCCUGCUCAGGGAGGAGCUGCAGGCCUACAAGGCAGUGCGGGCCGACACGGGACAGGAGCGGUUCAACGUCAUCUGUGACCUGCUGGAGCUGAGCCCUGAGGAGACACCGGCUGGGGCCUGGGCUCGAGCCACCCACCUGGUGGAGCUGGCUCAGGUGCUCUGCUACCACGACUUUGCCCAGCAGACCGACUGCUCUGCCCUGGAUGCUAUCCGGGAGGCCCUGCAGCUUCUGGAGUCUGUGAGGCCCGAGGCCCAGGCCAAGGAUCGGCUUCUGGAUGAUAAAGCACAGGCCCUGCUGUGGCUCUACAUCUGUACCCUGGAGGCCAAAAUGCAAGAAGGUAUCGAGCAGGAUCGGAGAACCCAGGCCCCGAGUAAUCUGGAAGACUUUGAAGUCAAUGACCUGAACUACGAAGAUAAACUCCAGGAGGAUCGUUUCCUAUAUAGUAACAUUGCCUUCAACCUGGCUGCAGAUGCUGCUCAGUCCAAAUGCCUGGACCAAGCCCUGGCCCUGUGGAAGGAGGUGCUCACGAAGCGGCAGGCCCCCGCUGUGCGGUGUCUCCAGCAGACAGCAGCCUCGCUGCAGAUUCUAGCGGCCCUCUAUCAGCUGGGGGCAAAGCCCCUGCAGGCUCUGGAAGUCCUCCUGCUUGUACGGAUCGUCUCCCAGAGACUGGAGGACCACGCAAAGGCAGCUGGCUCCUCCUGCCACAUCACCCAGCUCCUCCUGACGCUCGGCUGUCCCAGCUAUGCCCAGUUACACCUGAAAGAGGCAGAAUCAAGUCUAAAGCUUCUGGAUCACACCACUGACGCCUACCAGCUCCUCUCCCUGACCCGCGACCUACUGCAAAGUCAACUUUACUGUGCCCACCAGAAGGUGACUGAGGGCGCCUCUCUGUUGCUGUGUGUGCUUCGAGACCCUGCCCUCCAGAGGUCCUCCAAGGCCUGGUACUUGCUCCGUGUCCAGGCCCUGCAGCUGGUAGCAGUCUACCUUAGCCUCCCAGCAGACAGCCUGUCCGCCUCCCUGGGGGAGCAGCUCUGUGCCCAAGGCUGGCAGACACCUGAGAUAGCACUCAUCGACUCCCAUAAGCUCCUCCGAAGCAUCAUCCUCCUGCUCAUGGGCAGUGAUGUGCUCUCGAUUCAAAAAGCAGCAGUGGAGACACCAUUUCUGGACUAUGGUGAAAAUCUGAUACAAAAAUGGCAGGUUCUUACAGAGGUGCUGAGCUGCUCGGAGAAGCUGGUCUCCCGCCUGGGCCGCCUGGGCAGUGUGAGCGAAGCCAAGGCUUUUUGCUUGGAGGCCCUGAAACUUACAACGAAGCUACAGAUUCCGCGCCAGUGUGCCCUAUUCCUGGUGCUAAAGGGGGAGCUGGAGCUGGCGCGCAAUGACGUCGACCUCUGUCAGGCGGACCUGCAGCAGGUUCUCUUCUUGCUUGAGUCUUGCACAGAGUUUGAUGGACUAGCCCAGCGCCCGGACUCUGGGAAGAAGGUCCACCUGCAAAAGCGGAAGCAGCCGGCCCGCGGCCCGCGGCCUCCGGAGCUCCCGGAGGAGGAGCCCUUCCUGAGAGGCCCUGCCCUGGAGCUGGUGGCCACUGUGGCCAAGGAGCCUGGCCCCAUAGCACCUUCUACUAACUCCUCCCCUGUCCUGAAAAUGAAGCCCCAGCCCAGCCCCGGCUUCCUGACCCAUUCGCCCACCUGUGACUGCUCGCUCUGUGCCAACCCUGUCCUCUCAGCAGUCUGUCUGCGUUGGGCGUUGGUCACAGCAGGGGUGAGGCUGGCCAUGGGCCAUGAGGCCCAGGGUCUGGAUCUGCUGCAGGUCGUGCUGAAGGGUUGCCCUGCAGCCACUGAGCGCCUCACCCAAGCUCUGCAAGCUUCCCUGAGUCACAAAGCACCCCCUUCCCCUGUCCCGAGCCACUUGAAUGAGCUCUUCGCUCAGGCAUACACACAGCUAGCACUGGAGGGGCUGAGUCGGCCAUCAAAUAAGAGCCUGGGGAAGGUCCUGGAGUCAGGGCUGAAGUUUGUGGCAGCGCAGAUACCUCACCUGGAGCCCUGGCGAGCCAGCCUGCUCUUGAUUCGGGCCCUUGCAAAGCUGGCUGGCCUCAGCUCCUGUACUACCCAACUCUUUGCAAGCUCCUGGGGCUGGCAGCCACCAUUGGUAAAGGACCCCCCAGGCUCAGAGCCCUCUAAGCCUCGGAGCCAAAAGCAUUCUGGACGAGGGCGCCAGCAGGCUGUCUCUGCGACCCCGCCCCUCCAUAAUACCUCUCUGAAAGGUCUGGAAGGUAGAGGACCACCCUGUACACCUAAGCCCCCAGGCCGGAUCAGGCAGGCCGGCCCUCGUGUCCCUUUCACCGUGUUUGAGGAAGUCUUCCCUACACAGAGCAAGCCUGAGGUUCCCAAGGCCCCCAGAGUACAACAGAGGGUCCAGACGCGCCUCAAGGUGAACUUCAGUGAUGACAGUGACUUGGAAGACUUUGUCUCAGUUGAGGGACGGCUUGCAGAGGGGCCCAAGAGACGAGGUACUGCUUCCCGGGGCCGGGGCCGCGCUAGGAAAGGCCCAAGCUCGAAGACCGAUGCGGUGGCUGCCCCAGGUAGUGCCCCUGGGCACCCUGGCCUCAGUGGCAGGAGCCGGAGGACCAAGACGGUUGCCUCAGGACAUUGUGAGGAGCUGGGCCCUGAGAUCAUGAGGACCAUCCCUGAAGAGGAACUGACUGACAACCAGAUGGAAAUGAGCUUUGAGAUCCUCAGGGGCUCUGAUGGGGAAGACUCAGCCUCAGGUGGGAAGGCAGCAGCGCCAGGGCCUGAUACGGCCAUAGGAGAAUGUGAGGUGUUGAGACGGGAUGCCAGCAAAGAGGAGCUGCCCGUCCCGUGCCCAGACAAGGAGAGAGACAAGGAUCUGGGUCCUCGGCUCCGACUCCCCUCAGCCCCUGCAGCCAUCGGUCUCUCUACCCUGGAUUCCAUCUGUGACUCACUGAGCAUUGCCUUCCGUGGGAUCAGUCACUGCCCUCCCAGUACACUCUAUGCUCACCUCUGCCGCUUCCUGGCCCUGUGCCUGGGCCACCGAGAUCCCUAUGCCACUGCCUUCCUUGUCACGGAGUCUGUCUCCAUCACCUGUCGCCACCAGCUGCUCACCCACCUCCACAGGCGGCUCAGCAAGUCCCAGAAGCACCGAGGAUCGCCCGAUGUGGCAGACCAGCUGCAGGGGCUGAGCCUCCAGGAGAGGCCCGGAGACGUCCCCCUGGCCCGCAUCCAGCGCCUCUUUUCCUUCAGACUUUCGGGAUCUGGCCACUUCCCCCAGCCCGAGAGGGAGAGUUUCCAGGAGUGCCUGGCUCUGAUCCCCAGUGGGGUGACUGUGUGUGUGUUGGCCCUGGCCACCCUCCAGCCUGGAACUGUGGGCAACACCCUCCUGCUGACCCGGCUGGAAAAAGACAAUCCCCCAGUCACUGUGCAGAUCCCCACUGCCCAGGGCAAGCUGCCUCUGAGUUCGGCCCUGAAAGAGUUUGAUGCCAUCCAGAAGGAACAGAAAGAGAACAGCAGCUGUACUGACAAACGAGAAUGGUGGACAGGGCGGCUAGAACUGGACCACAGGAUGGAGGUUCUCAUCACCUCGCUGGAGAAGUCUGUGCUGGGCUGCUGGAGGGGGCUGUUGCUGCCAUCCAGUCAGGACCCCGGCCCUGCCCAGGAGGCCUCCCGCCUACAAGAGUUGUUGCAGGGAUGUGGCUGGAAAUAUCCUGACCCCACUCUGCUGAAAAUCAUGCUCAGUGCUGCCGGUACACUCACCUCUCAGGACGUGCAGGCCCUGGCCUACGGGCUGUGCCCAGCCCAGCCAGAGCGAGCCCAGGAGCUCCUGACGGAGGCCAUAGGACAUCUACAGGGUCAGACAGUAGCGAGCAAUAGCCACCUUGUCUUAGUGCUAGACAAGGACCUGCAGAAGCUGCCAUGGGAGAGCAUGCCCAGCCUCCGGGCACUGCCUGUCACUCGGCUGCCCUCCUUCCGAUUCCUCCUCAGCUACUCCAUCAUCAAAGAGGCUGGGGCCUCGUCAGUGCUGAGCCAAGGGGUGGAUCCACACAGUACCUUCUAUGUCCUGAACCCUCACAAUAACCUGUCAAACACUGAGGAGCAAUUUCGAGCUCAUUUUAGCAGUGAAGCUGGCUGGAAAGGGGUUGUUGGGGAAGUGCCGAGCCCGGAACAGGUGCAGGCAGCCCUGACGGAGCAUGACUUAUAUAUCUAUGCAGGCCAUGGGGCUGGUGCCCGCUUCCUGGACGGGCAGGCCGUCCUGCGGCUGAGCUGCCGGGCCGUGGCCCUGCUGUUUGGCUGCAGCAGUGCAGCCCUGGCUGUUCAUGGCAACCUGGAGGGGGCUGGCAUCGUGCUCAAGUAUAUCAUGGCUGGCUGUCCCCUGUUUCUGGGUAACCUCUGGGAUGUGACUGACCGUGACAUUGACCGCUACACAGAGGCUCUGCUGCAGGGCUGGCUUGGAGCAGGCCCAGGAGCUCCCCUUCUCUACUAUGUCAGCCAGGCCCGCCAGGCUCCCCGACUCAAGUAUCUUAUUGGGGCUGCCCCCGUAGCCUAUGGCUUGCCUGUCUUCCUGCAGUGACCCCUUGGAACUGUCCUAUCGCUGACUGUUCUACCUCCAAAGUUAGAUUUAACCCUUAGGGUAAAUAUUUUUAAAUGAUUUUCCCCAGUGUUUUAUAUGAAAUGUUUCCUUUUAACAUUAAUAUAAUAAAGAUAUAUUAUUUAAA